CUAAUUUUGAAAAUAAAAAUAAAUUCACGCGGCCAGGGGAAUAUUCUAAAUAUAUAUAUAUAUAUAUUACAUUUGAUAUAUAUAUAUAUUACAUACGCCAACACUUUUUUUACAACUAAACAGCAUUUUUCCCUUUCUCAAUGAAGUAACUGAAUAAGGAGUGACCCGCGGGGGAGUGAAUUGACCGUGACUUUUCGCAGAGGAGAAAGCUGUUACCAACAAAGCAAUUGCUGCUGUGUCUACGGUGUUUAGAGGAUCACAACGGGGAUUUUGAAGAGCAUACAUUUAUUUACGUAUGUUGCAUCGGAAAUAAAUCACGCCGAUAAGAUGGACCUGAAACUACUUCUGAUUUCAACGUUGUUAGGCGUCAUUUGUUACAGCAGUGCUCAGCAAGAAGGGAACGAGUGCAUCAAAGCUAAUGCCAAAUCCUGUGGGGAGUGUAUUCAAGUGGGAGCGAAAUGUGGCUGGUGCAUGGACCCAGGGUUCCUGAAGCAGGGUGAGGCCACAUCGACCCGCUGUGACGAGCUGGAGUCCCUGAGGAAGAGAGGUUGUAGCUCCACCAAGGUAGAGAACCCCCAAGGCAGCCAACGGGCCCUGAAGAACAAGGCUGUGACCAACCGCAACAAGGGAGAAGGAAAACUCCGACCAGAGGACAUCACACAGGUCCAGCCACAGAAACUCACCCUCAGCCUCAGAUCUGGUGAACCCCAGUCUUUUAACCUGAAGUUCAAACGGGCCGAGGAUUACCCCAUUGACCUCUACUACCUGAUGGACCUGUCCUACUCCAUGAAGGACGAUCUGGAAAACGUCAAGAACCUGGGAACACAUCUGAUGCUGGAGAUGUCAAAGAUCACGACUGAUUUUAAAAUCGGUUUUGGUUCCUUUGUAGAAAAGACAGUGAUGCCUUACAUUAGCACCACCCCAUCCAAGCUGCUGAACCCCUGUACUGGGGACCAGAACUGCACCAGUCCCUUCAGCUACAAGAACGUCCUGAAGCUGACCAGCAAUGGACAGGAGUUUAACACCCUGGUGGGACAACAGCAGAUCUCUGGAAACCUGGACUCACCGGAGGGAGGCUUUGAUGCCAUCAUGCAAGUGGCUGUGUGUGGUGAGCACAUUGGCUGGAGGAACGUCACCCGUCUGCUGGUGUUCUCCACUGACGCUGGCUUCCACUUUGCUGGAGACGGGAAACUAGGAGGGAUAGUUUUGCCCAACGAUGGGAAAUGUCACCUGGAGAACAACAUGUACACAGUGAGCCACUACUAUGACUACCCCUCCAUCGCUCACCUGGUUCAGAAACUUAGCGACAACAACAUCCAGACAAUCUUUGCCGUCACAGAGGAGUUCCAGCCUGUUUACAAGGAGUUAAAGAAUCUCAUUCCUAAAUCUGCAGUGGGGAUACUCUCUGCUAACUCCAGCAACGUUAUCAACCUCAUUAUUGAUGCCUACAAUUCUCUUUCCUCAGAGGUGAUUCUGGAGAACAGCAAGCUACCAGUGGGAGUGACCAUAAUGUAUCAGUCACGCUGCAAGAACGGAGUGACUGGUGAGGGAGAGAUGGGAAGAAAAUGCUCCAAUAUCUCAAUCGGUGACGAGGUGUCUUUCACCAUAAGCAUCACAGCUAAGCAGUGUCCUAAAAUGGGCAAACCAGAGACCAUCAAGAUCAAACCCCUAGGGUUCAAUGAGGAGGUGGAGAUCACUCUGAACUUCAUCUGCGAGUGUGACUGUCACAAAGAUGGCAUUGAGAACAGUGACAUCUGCCACAACGGCAACGGGACAUAUGAAUGUGGAGCCUGCAGGUGCAAUGAGGGCCGUAUUGGUAGACAGUGUGAGUGCAGCACCAACGAGGUGACCAGCGAAGACCUGGAUAAGAGCUGCCGUAAAGACAACGGUACAGACAUCUGCAGCAACAACGGAGACUGUGUGUGUGGAACCUGUGAGUGCAAGAAGAGAGAGAACCCAGAGGAGCGCUACAGCGGGAUGUUCUGCGAGUGUGACAACUUCAACUGUGACCGCUCCAACAACAAACUCUGUGGAGGACAUGGUCACUGUGAGUGCAGGGUGUGUAUAUGUGAUGCCAACUGGACAGGCAGUGCCUGUGACUGUUCUCUGGACACCACGACCUGCCUGGCUUCCAACAAGCAGAUCUGUAACGGACGAGGCACCUGUGAGUGUGGAACCUGCAGGUGUACUGACCCAAAGUUCCAGGGCCCCAGCUGUGAGAUCUGUCCUACCUGUCCAGGGGUCUGCGCAGAACACAAGGAGUGUGUUCAGUGCAGGGCCUUUGGGACGGGGGAGAAGAAGGACACGUGUGAGAGAGACUGUAGCUACUUCAACCUGAUCAAGGUGAAGGACAGGGACAAGCUGCCUCAGCCAGGACAGGCCUUCCCCCUGAUGCACUGUAAGGAGAGGGAUGCCAACGACUGCUGGUUCUACUACACCUACGCUGUCAACAAGACAGAGAAGGAGGUCCAUGUGAUGGAAACACUAGACUGCCCUGAGGGCCCUGACAUCAUCCCCAUCGUGGCUGGCGUGGUGGCGGGCAUCGUCCUGAUCGGCCUGGCUUUGCUUCUCAUCUGGAAGCUGCUCAUGAUCAUCCACGACAGGAGAGAGUUCGCCAAGUUUGAGAAGGAAAAGAUGAAUGCUAAAUGGGACACGGGCGAAAACCCUAUCUACAAGAGUGCUGUUACGACAGUGGUCAACCCCAAAUAUGAAGGCAAAUGAUGGAGCUUGAAAAACACUGUAUGCAAAUAUAGUGAGAGGGAUAGUGGCAUGGGAGGGGGGAUUCAUUGUAUGUAUUUUGUAAUUUCUUAUUUUCGUUGCUUCAGUAUUAUAACAUUACAUUUGGCCAAUACAUUUGGUAUGUUUACUAACAUUUUAUUUUCUAUGCAUUUUCUUUUUUUAAGUACAGUUAUGUGUAUAUACUUUUAAGAUUAUUUCCUUUCUUGAACCACUGUUUGAAAUGAAGGUUUUUGCCACAGAACUGGUAUGGGCAAAGGGUUUUACCUUUCAAAGACAACAUCUGUACUCCAAAUGGCACCCUAUUCCCUUUAUAGUGCACUACUUUUGACAAGGGCCGGUGGGGCUCUGGUAAAAGUAGCACUAUAAAGGAGAUAAUAGGAUGCCAUUAAGGAAGCAGAAAUAGACAAUACCCAUAUGGACACAAAGAGCUCUCAUUCUCUACAUGGACUUGAUGUUAAUGUGUUAUUGUCUGUCUAAAUGACACCCUAUUCCCUUUAUAGUGCACUACUUUUGACGAUGGCCAAUGGGCUCUGAUCAAAAGUAGUUAACUACUGUAUAUAGGAAAUAGAGAAAUUUGGAAUGAAGAAAUCGAGUUUCUGACAGGACCUGAGGCUAAAGCAUACCUUUUGCAUUGUGGUUAUAAAGUAUUUUUUUCAGCCAAAGGGUACAGUAUAUAUGUAGUAAACACAUUGAUUUGUGUAUAAAAUAGUCAUCCAUUAAGCAGGAUUACAAGAAUCUGGAUAUAUCAUUGAGAGCAGUUUAAAGAUGAAUUUAGCACAUCCUUCACAUAAUUGUCAAUCAUAGAAAACCAUUGGUUGACUCUAACCUUGUCAUCAGAUAACAUAUCAUGCGUGAAGAAGUGCUAUUACAUUGAUGUUUUAAAAGUGAUCAUUGCACUAUUGAGGAGUACAAGUUUGCAUUGCGAAAGGACUGAAAAGACUAAGUAUACAUUGUCAUAAGACUGUCAUCAAGUCUAUUUUAAAGGGAUUGAAAACCACUUGUUUUAAUGGGAUAAAAUAAUCUAAAUCAAUGAAUUACAC